AUGAACGGUUACUGUGGAACCGAUUUCUGCGUCCUUACCACGAAGUACAACUGUUUUGUCGCUACCUUUUUGAAAGAAAAGGCGAACAUAAGAUCGGCUCAGGCCUUGACAUCCCCGCGACUUGAACAAAUACUUGAGGUUCCAGAAGAAGAGAUCGACAGCGAAGUUGGUCGUGUAAAUGAAGGCGUGGCUGCGCUAAAAGAACGCCAGGAAGCUGCCAUCCAAUUGGCGCCAGAAGAGCAAGCAGCAUCAGAAACCAAAAUACCGAGCGUCAUACAUCCACACCCCGUGCAAGCAGCGACGCAGGAAGAAGUGCAGCGAGAUGUGCGGGAGGCUGAAGCGGAAGUGCGCCAAGUGGAGGGCCAGAAGCAAGCGGAAACGGAGAUAGAGAUCGACGAGGAGAUGCAGCAGCUGCUGGAAGAGCAUCAGCACGUCCGUGCUGCGGCUGCUGCAGCUUCUGCAGCACAAGAAGUAGCAGCAGAAGAAGCAGCCAGCGCAUCCGAAGCAGAACAGGAGGUCUGGGAGACGACCUCUGCAACAGCUCCCCAUCUGAGUUUGCCCGGCGAAGGCCAUGGGGCGCCUGUAGCAGCAGAGACAGCACCCGCACCUGCAAGGGCCCCUGAGCAUGGCAGUAGCACUAUGCCAGCUGCGGAAGCAGCAUCAGGCGCAGAGGCAGCAACAACGCAAACAGAAGGCGAGGAUGGGGAAGAGGAAGAAUACGGCAGUGAUACAACAACAGAGGACGGCGGCGUACAUGAAAUCUGUGAACGUCCAAGUUUGUCAUUGUUGAAACAAAUACUUUGCGUGUUUGUACCCCUUGAAAUGUUACGGGACCUCAGCCACUGCUUGGUGUGCACAACCCUCAGGAGCACGAAUGAUUGA